CAAAACAAGAGGACUCAAACAAGGGCUCAAAGUGAGCGAGCAGACAACUCGGCUCUCCGGGAAGAAAAUGAGCGAAUUCAAUGCGAGAAUCUGGCAAUUAGAGAUGCACUAAAGAACGUAAUUUGUCCUGCUUGUGGAGGUCCUUAUUUUGAAGACGAAGAACGUCAACUCAAAUUACAAAAACUUCAGAUGGAAAAUGCCCAAUUGAAAGAAGAGCACGAGAAGAUGAGUAAUCUUCUUGCAAAGUACGUAGGGAAACCAGUUUCCCAACUUUCCCAGUUUGAAGAAAUGAGUACUCCGACCAAAGGCGAAGGACCAUCCAAUGCCAUUGACUCCUUGCCACCAAGUUAUCCGACUCAAAUUGGAUCCUCUUCUGUUGACAAUCUUGAUAAUUUCGUCCCAAAAUAUCAAAAAAAUAUUGGUAACAAUUUAUCAGCGAAUAAUCGUGUUAUCGAUCCUAUACUGAUUUCGGAUGUAGAGAAAACUUUCAUGGUGGAGACUGCUGCAUCUGCCAUGGAUGAACUAGUUAGACUCUUAAGAGUUAAUGAACCAUUGUGGAUUAAGUCCGAAUCGAGUGGAUCAAGAGCAGUUAUCCAUCAUGACACCUAUGAGAAGAUCUUCCCUAGGGUUAAAAGGUUUAAGAAUUCGGAUUCUCGAAUGGAGUCAUCCAAAGAAUCAGGGAUGAUAACAGUGAGUGGAUCUCAGUUGGUUAAGAUGAUUAUGGAUCCAAUGAAUGAGCAAAUGCACAUUCUUUCUCCGUUUGUGCCGGCUCGUGAAUUCAAUCUUCGCCACUGCCAGCAAUUAGAAGCAGGCUUAUGGGUGGUGGUGGAUGUAUCAUAUGAUUUAAAAGGUCACACCCCCUCUUCUCAUUGUUGGAAGCUACCUUCUGGAUGUAUGAUUCAAGAAACGGCUAAUGGGUGUUCUAAGGUUAUUUGGAUCGAACAUGUGGAAGUUGAUGAUAAAACUCCGACUCAUCGAUUGUAUAAAGAAAUAUUAUGCAAUGGAUCUGGAUAUGGAGCUGAACGAUGGAUUGUCACACUUCAACGAAUGUAUGAGAGAUUGAGUUUCUCUAUAGCUGAAAAUCCUCAUGAUUAUCAUCACAAUCCAGUUUCAGCUAUAUCUGAUGGUAUGAAGAGCAUACUGAAGCUUUGUCAGAGGAUGAUAAAAGAUUUUUGUGCAAGUAUGUGCAUAUCGGGUGACAACAAACUUGAUUUCAUUCAUACAUGUGAAUCCAACGGUACUGGAAUUCGAGUUUGUAUUCGUGAGGGAAUGGGACCAGGCCAACCUAGUGGCACAAUCGUCAAUGCUGCCUCCUCUCUUUGGCUUCCUCUCCCUCCUCUCCAUGUCUUUAAUUUUUUAAAAGAUGAGAAAAUGCGAGGGAAGUGGGACAUCAUGUGCUAUGGAAAUCCGGUGAAUGUGAUCAAUCAAAUCACAAAUAGCAAUAAUUCGGGAAAUUGUAUCUCUAUUAUUAAACCUCUCAACUCUGAUGAGGAGGGCAUGGUACUGGCUCAAGAGAGUUUCAUCGAUAGCUUGGGAGGAAUGGUGGUAUAUGCUCCAAUUGAUGUACCAGCCAUGAAUAUGGCAAUAACCAGUGAUGACAUUACAAUGAGCAUACCUAUUCUUCCCUCAGGCUUUGUGAUCUCUACUGAUGGCCAUCAAAAUAAUACAGGAGGAGCUUCAACCAGUGCUGAUACUAGCGCAAGUAUCAGAAGUGGCGGUUCUCUUCUGACGGUGAUUUUUCAAGCCACUGUUUCUAGUCCUACAACUACAAAAGUCCUGAACAUGGAAUCUAGAGCUAUUGUCAACGCUCUUGUCACCUCAACGAUUCAGAAGAUUAAAGAAGGUCUUAGCUCCUCUAAGAUUGAGUAG